AUGUUCUACAGCCAUGAGCUCCUAACCAGCCGCCAAUAUGGUGUUGCCACAAUCUGGCUGGUGGCGACCAUUGGUAACAAACCGGGCGCACGCCGUGUAGGCAAGAAGGCCAUCCAAGGCGUCGACGUGCAACGAGCGUGCCGGAAGAUCAUCGAGCCGGGAGCUCCCAUCGCGUUGCGCCUGCAAGGGAAUCUCCUAUUCGGUGUAUCCAAGGUCUAUCAGGAGCAAUGUUCUUACAUCUUGACCGACGCCCAGAAAAUUCAAGGGCACAUGAUGACCUUUCUCAGACAGAUCAGUGCCAAUCAACUCGCGCCCGGAGCAGCUACAGCGAGGCAAGUCUUUUUGGAAUUGGUCGCCCAUAUGAAAAUUGAGAAAAAGCCAAUCACUAACCAUGUGUGCCCCAGACCGGAGAAUCUCAUUAUCAUGGACGAUCCGGACUUCCUUCCGGAUGGCCGUAUACCAGAUCCUACUGCAGAUAUGUUCAUCUUGAGCCAGCACACCAACAAGACUUCAUCGCAAAUGUCUCCAAGGUCUAUGCCUUCCCAAGGCAGCUCUUCUGGUAAUGAACGAGUUCCAAUCCAACUAGACUUUCGCGACUCUAGCGUCUUCGACAAUGGCGCUUCACCCCAUGGCCUCCAAGGCCUUUCUUCAGGACAGAAGCCUGCCGUGCCCGGCGACCAAGCAGACGUUUUCGGCGAGGAUGGCAUCGGAAUCCCCAUUGAUUAUGGUAUGGAAAUCGAUGAGUUCGGCAACAUCAUCGAAUCUGCAGAACCUGGACCCGAUGGCCUAGACGAAUUGGAGCUUCCACCCAUGCAUAGCAUCGGAGGGGGCCAGAAGAAUCAGCCGCAAUUAGAUGAGGAAGGCGAUAUCAUCAUGAUGGAAGAGCAGCCCCUUCCCGAAGCCGAAGCUUUGCCUGACCGAGCUAAACAUAAGGAGCCUGACCCCGUUGCGGCCGGUGAGCAUGAGCAACGACAAGCGCCCGCACAGCGUCGCAAGAAGCGACGAAUUAUCUAUACAGACGAAGAGACCGAAAUUUCCAGAGCUGCCUUACGGGACUGGCAAAAGGACUAUCUCAAGAACUGCACUGUACCCAAGUCACAUCCAGUCACUGCCCCGCAAGCCAAAGCGAACGCUAUCCAUCUGACUUUCGGAUGGGGAAUUGCCAACAUUGGGCAGACAUUCGGUGUUCCUGGCAUCAUCCACCCUCUUGCCCUACACUUCUCUGGUGAUCGCCUGUUUACUGCGUACACCGGACUUGAUGUUUUUGAGAAAGGUCGCCGUAAACGGACUCGAUCAGAGGCAAGAUCCAGAGACGAGGAGCAUGAAGAGAGACGAAUUCGACCCAGGCUCGAGGGAGAUUCCGAACAACAAGGACGCGGACUUGAGGAGGAUGGUAUGCUCGAAUUCGGUCAAGGCGACCAACAAAGCCCUCCCGAAGUUGGCCGAGAAGCCCAGUCGGCUCUCGAAGAUGUUCAUUCCUCUGCGAUGCCCUGGAAUCGGGGAUCGUCUCUCAUGCCCGGCUCCUCUAUCCAGAAGUUACCGAGUAUGGCACAACCGGGUCGUGAACAGUCCAGUCCGCUCCGAAGCAAAGCCGGCUCAGUCCAAGAUAUAAUUCGUUACAGCGACGAUGUUGACAUGGGUGGCUUUGACUUUGGAGCCGACGGCGGCCUUGGGUCGGUAGGCUCUUCCUUCGACGGCCUUCCGGAUCAACAGCCGCCUGAGUCAUUGGGCGAACAGCCCGUCGACAAGCAGGCUGAGUCUCAGUACACCCGCGAUGCUCUCGAUCGCGAGGGCAAGAACUUCUUGGCCUACAUGGAAGAGACGUUGCACGAAGCAGGCGUGCACCGUUACGACGAGGACUUGCAGGCCAAGCGCAAGUGGGUCGAGUUUGACGAACUGUUCCUGCCGAAGAAGACGGACCGCCCUACGGCAGCCCAGGCCUUCUAUCACAUCCUGACGCUGGUCACCAAGGGUCAAAUGCGUGUGGAGCAAGAGGUGGACGACGGCCAGCCAUUUGGUACCAUUCACGUGGGCCUCGAUAUGCCUCGAGGUGCAUAG